AUGGUCCAACCGCGCAUGCUCGAAAAGGCCGACGAGACCUCGGCCAACGACGAGAACGAGGUCCGUCGCGAAGACCAAGAAAAAAUUAACCGUUUCAGCCGCCUGCACCAGCGCGAAACCGUACUAGAAGAGCAGCUGAAGGGCAAGCAGAAAGACAAGGAAGACCUCGAGGAGGUGUCUUUAGAGCUUGAGCUUGCGGAUGAAGAUGAGCUUGUUCCGUAUAAAAUCGGAGACUCCUUUUUCCAGCUCCCUCUUUCAGACGCGCAGGGAAUGCUCUCUACAUCAACAGAGAAGAUUGAUGGCGAGGUUUCCAAGCUCGAGGAGUCGAUUAGUGAAUUGCGUGAGGAGAUGCAGGAGUUGAAGGUUGCGCUAUAUGCGCGAUUCGGCCGCAGUAUUAAUCUGGAGACUUAA